AUGGCUCCUGCAGCAGCCACAGCAGGCAAGAAGCAGAAGAAGAAGUGGUCAAAAGGAAAAGUCAAGGACAAGGCCAACCACGCCGUCGUCCUCGACAAAACCACCUCCGACAAACUCUACAAAGACGUGCAAUCCUACAGACUCAUCACCGUUGCCACCCUAGUCGAUAGAUUGAAGAUUAACGGCAGUCUCGCACGACAGGCCCUGCACGAUUUGGAGGAGAAGGGACAGAUCAAGAAAGUGGUGGGGCACUCGAAGUUGACGGUCUAUACGCGGGCGAUCACGGCUGGGGAGUAG